CCAGCGCCCGGCGCGUCCAGCUACAAAAAGGCACAUCCCCCCUCGCCGACCUCAAUUUUCUCCUUCCAACAACCACUUCUCUCAACUUUUGUCCGCGACCAUUCACGACCGAAGGAAACACGCCCGCUUACGCAUAUUCAUCUGUUGAAUUUUAAUUCCCGAACUUUCGAAACCACCCAAAAUGCCUCCCAAGCCCGCCGACAAGAAGCCCGCCUCCAAGGCCCCCGCUACUGCCUCCAAGGCCCCCGAGAAGAAGGAUGCCGGAAAGAAGACUGCCGCCUCUGGCGACAAGAAGAAGCGCACCAAGGCCCGCAAGGAGACCUACUCCUCCUACAUCUACAAGGUCCUCAAGCAGGUCCACCCCGAUACCGGUAUUUCCAACCGCGCCAUGUCUAUCCUGAACUCCUUUGUCAACGAUAUCUUUGAGCGCGUUGCUACCGAGGCUUCCAAGCUCGCUGCCUACAACAAGAAGUCCACCAUCUCCUCUCGCGAGAUCCAGACCUCUGUCCGCCUCAUCCUCCCCGGCGAGCUUGCCAAGCACGCCGUGUCGGAAGGCACCAAGGCCGUUACCAAGUACUCCUCCAGCACGAAAUAAGUACUCGGUGACGGGGUGUUUCGUGUCUUUCCUCUCAUUUUUCUGUCUAGGGCAUUAGGAUUUGUUGGCAUUUGGGUGUCACUUACGAGGAGACUUUUGGCCAGAGGUUCCAACACAAUCCGCUUGGCGUCUCUUCUAAUUGCAAUGCGUUACGGAUGGUCUGCUUUUUUUAUUAUCUUUGGGGGCAAUGUCUUCUCACGGCUUAUGGGGUUCUUGCGAUUGUACAAUAACAUACCUUGAUAUCAGGGUUUCGGACGAAAUGAAAUCGUGCAUAUGAUCAAAGAGCAC